CCCAAGUUUCAAAUUUUCAGAUAUUUAAAAAAAGGUUUAAUCGUUUAAUCAGGUGUGAUAAAAAGUAAAAAGUUCGGUAGUGGUUCGGUACACUGUUUCAGAUCUUGAAAUAUCUGUAAGAUUCACUGAGAUUCGAUUCUUUGUUGGCGGGAAAAUCAGUUAUUUCCAGCUGAUUCCCAGCAUUCUAACAUUCUUAAGUAGUUUUGUAUAUACAAAUUAGCAAAAAGAAUUGGUGUUUUGAAUUUCCCAUUCAAUUAUUCCCCAAUUAAGAGCAAAAACGUAGAGAAAUUAAAUUUUAUAGAUUAAGAUGAGUGCAACACGCCAAUUGAGAACAUUCCAUAGUUUCGAAGAAGAUAAUAUACAGGGAACAGUUACUGUAGUAGACUUAUCUUUAGUUUAUUUUGAAGUUGAUGAAAUAUAUAGGGUAUAUCCUGAUAUUACCAAGGAUUAUCCAGAAUUACCAUUAGUUGGUUCCGUUGUUGAGAUAAAAAAUCCAAAAAUAUUUUGUCAUUCAACUGAUACCGCUGUGGUCGGUCCUUGUACCGAAUGUUGUUUUCCAAGUGUUGUUAGCUCGGAGACCAUAAAUAUGGAUCUUUUUAAUUUUCUAAAAAUGCGUAGAUGUGACGAAAACGAAGUCAUAGCAAUGGAUAAAAUUUUAAGGAAGCUGCAGAAAUAUCUUCCAAGAAUUAACUAUACCAGGGUUCUUAAGAUCAUUCUAAAUGUUGCUCCUUUUAAAAUCCGAAGUUUGCCAAUUGUGGAUAAUGCAGAUCGACAAAGUUUUGAAUCUGUUAAAGUAGAAUUCCCAUCUCAAUUAGGCUAUGUCAAGGAAACUUCUCUUCAAUAUAAAGAGUUUAUGAAUUUUAUUGGUGGGUGUUAUCAUGGAGUUCAUCCUAAUGCGUCUAUAGAAAAAGUAAAUAAUAUUGUUACAGAAUAUUUGCUGGGGUGGCUAGAAACUGAUAGUAUGUAUGGUUGGUUCAUAUUGAGGGACGAUAAAUACAAAAUUCCAGUUAAAUUUUACAAAAAUUUAGUGCCGACCAAUUAUUUAGGAAAAUGUAUCUUGAUUAAAAAAUGGACCGGUUUUACAGAAAUUUUUGAAUCAAACACACGGACCGUUCAAUAUCUGUUAGUCAACAUAAGAAACGUUGUAAUUGUUGAUUCUCCCAACUGUAAAAUAGAAAAAUUAUUUUUUACCGCAACUGAACAGUGCACAAGAAAAAAAGACAUCAUAGUAUUUGAAUUAAUAGGAAAAUCUGAGAUCAUUUACGGUUAUAGUGGACGUUCGGAAUGUUUUUUGGAAGUGAAAGUUUUAGAAUAUACCGACAGGCAACUUAAUUCCAACCCCUUCAUCUUUCUAGCUUUAACUGCUAAACAUUUUGCUGUAGUGCCCUAUCUGAGGGAAAACGCAAAGUACAGAAUGUGGUAUAGUGGAAAACUGGAAGUAUUACACGUUCCGGGCCACAAGGAACUGUACAAAUUAAGAACGGCAAAACAUCUGUACAGGGCCUGCGACGAUGCUAUCUUUCAAGCAGUGUCGAAUCAAAAUGUGGCCGACAGUAGUAAAUACGAAGAUUCCCAUCAAAUACAAAGCUUGUUGAGCGCCCAAGCGAAUAAGUUUGUUUCUUUUGCAUUGCUCGUUGCUCGAAAGUACUUUCAGACUUGUAACUUUCCCAGUUACAUUCCAAAAAGACAUGAAGAUAUCCCAUUCUUCGAUAUACCUGGUCAAAAUAAACAAAUGGUUGUCGAGUUCUCAGACGCCAGCUCUACUACAGCUUUCAGACUGUAUUUCACCGACAGAGAUAACUACGUCUUUCCAAUAGGUUUAAUAAAAGACAUGAGGGUCUUAGUUAAAUACGUUGAAAUUUAUAAAAAUAACUAUUUUAAAACGACCGCCCUCACUUCCUUCGAAAUACUGGAGUAUUGUCCAAAAGUACCGUUCUCUUCGGCAAAUUUGUGUUUCACUGAUACGCGCUAUUGGAAUUGGAUAGAGGAUAAAAUAUCCGUCGUUUUUUUGGGAAUGCAUAAGUAUUUGCCGGAAAAUUGCGUAGUAAAAGGCAGUUUUUUGCUACUCUCAGUUCUUAAUUUGAAAAUUGGCCUUUAUUGUAUUAUGUGCCUUAAUCUAGUAGCCAGAAAAUUGUGUCCUAACUGCGAUCGUGAGUUCGAGUCAGUGAGUUGGGAACUGCAGAUCAAAAUGACGUUGUUCGGGCAAGAUAGUAUAAGCUCACGUUUUAAAAUUACCACCGAAUGUAUAGGUUUCCUCUACAGAUUGUUACGACUGCCCAGAGCCAGAAUUAAAAGUUUUUGCGAAGUCUUUUCAAAGACACGUCAAUUGUAUAUUGAUUUUGGCGAUACCAGUAGAGAUUUUAGCUACGAGGGCGAGGAAGUUAAGGAAUUUUUAGAUGAUUUCUGCGACUACGUCAGAUCGGAGAUCAACUACAAACAACAUCCAGCAAUAGACGCAAUUUGCGUUAAACAGGACUCGGGCUGUGAUUGGAAGAUGAUAGAUUUUAAUUUUGUUUGAUUUAUUUAAAAAUAUAUUAAUGUUUAAUUUUGUUAUAAAAUAUAUUUUUUUGUAUCUAGAUAUGUAAUUUGAUUUAACCACUUUUGUUUAAUUUAUUUAAAAAUAUAAUAAUGUUUAAUUUGUUAUAAAAUAUAUUUUUUUGUAUCUGGAUA